AUGAAAUUUUUAAAAUUGAUUUUAUUAUUUAUUAUUAUUAAAAUAGUAAAUUCAGUUCCAAUUGAACCAAACUUUAGUUAUUGUAAUGCUUUAAAAUCUUCAUUAAAUUUUUUUAAUGCAAAUAGAGCUGGAAAUUUAACUUCAAGUGAUUUACCAAUAUUAUAUCCAUGGCAAUCUGGUAUUACUACAAAUUUUGAUUCAACAAUUGAUAAAGCUUUAGAUUCAAAUGGGAAUGGUAUUUUAUCUGGUGGUUUCUUUAAUGAUGGUUCAUAUAUUAAAUCAACAUUUGCAUUAGCUCAUUCAAUUACAACUCUUGCAUGGACAUUUUUAGAAUUUCAAUAUAAUAUUGAUUCAUGUCAAGGAUUAAAAAAACAAUAUUUAUCAACAUUAAGAAUUGGAUUGGAUUGGUUAAUGGUUGCACAUCCAAACCAAAAUACAAUUUAUGCUCAAUGUGGUAAAGUUGGAGAUUUAUCAAAAUGGAAUAUACCAUCAAGAAUUUAUGAUUUAUAUAAUGGUUCACCAAAACGUACUUGUUGGUUAAUUAUUAAUGAAAAUAAUCCAGGUUCAGAUGUUGCUCAUGAAAUGGCAUCAGCAUUUGCUGCUUCACAUAUGAUCUUUUCAUUAAUUGAUCCAAAUUAUUCAAUUCAGUUACGUACUCAUGCAAUUCAAUUAUUUGAUUUUGGUUUUUCAUAUCCUGGUAAAUAUUCUGAUAUUGAAACAAGUGGUGAACAAAUUUUAUAUCCGUCAUCGGAUUAUAAAGAUGAAUUAUUUUGGGCAUCAGCUUGGAUGUAUCAAAUUACUGGUAAAAGUAAAUAUUUAUCAAUUAUUAAUUCUCAAAAAUCAUUACUACCAAAUUUCUCAACAACUACUUCAUCAGUAAUUUAUAAUUAUGAUCAAAAGUAUUCAGCUGCAAUUUUAUUCCUUUCAAAGAAUUUUGGUUUAUUUAAUACUCAAACGAAUGAUAUUUUAAAUUAUUGGAGUUUGAAAAUGCCAAAAACCAAUGAUGGUUUAUUUUUUAUUGAUCAAAAUGGUGGUGGUGUUGGUGGUGGUGGUUUCGGUGGCUCAAUUAAAUAUUCAAUGGGUGGUUCAUUAUUGGUAGCAAUUUGGAAUAAUAAUCAACACAUUUCAAAACAAUUCAAAGAUACUUUUAAUAUUGAUCAAAUUAAAAUUGUACUUGGUAAUAAUUCAAAUGAUCAAUCAUAUGUUUGUGGUGUUGGUUUUUUAGGUGCUUCAACACCUGUAAAUUUACAUCAUAGAGCUUCACAUUAUUCAAUUUCAAAUUCAAUUACAAAUCCAACAUUAAAUUCAUUUCCAAUUCAAGGUGCUUUAGUUGGUGGUCCAAUUAAUAAAUUUGAUUUCUAUAUAGAUGAUAGAAUUAAUUUUACAAUGAAUCAACCAUCAAUUGAUUAUAAUGCUUUAUUAACUGGGGUAUUAGCAUCAAUGAUUAUCAAUGAAACUACACCAGAACAACCAGAUACACCAACAACUGGACCAUAUACAACUACUGGUACUCCACCACCUUCUUAUACAACUGGCUAUGGUACAACUGGCUAUGGUACAACCUCUUCAAAACCAACUACUAGUACAACUAGUUAUUCCACAACUGGUUCUAGUACAACUGGUUAUGGUACAACUGGUUAUGGUUCAACUUCUUCAAAGCCAACUACUGGUGGUGUAACUGGUUAUUCUACAACUAUACCAAGUAGUAAUGUCGGUACAACAACUUCAAAAACAACCACAACAAGUUCUUCACCCACUUCAUUAGUUACAACUACUGGCAGUGGUGGUGUAACAAGCUCAUCAUCAACCAGUGGAAGCUCAUCAUCAACCAGUGCAAGUACAAGUUCACCAUCAACUAGUGGAAGUACAACAAGUAGUUCUUCAACUACCACCACUUCCUCCACAUCAUCAAUAACAACAACAAGUACAACUAUUGAUGCUACAACAAGUUCACCAUCAACUAGUGGAAGUACAACAAGCUCAUCAUCAACUAGCGGAAGUACAACAAGUUCACCAUCAAUUAGUGGAAGUACAACAAUUAAUUCUUCUACCACAUCCACAUCAUCAAAUCAAGGAGGUUCCGAUUCUGUAAUUAAUACCGAUUCUCAAUCUUUUGGUGAAGAUAGUUCUAGUAGUAGUAGUAGUAGUAGUAGUAGUAGUAGUAGUAGUAGUAGUAGUAGUAGUAGUAGUAGUAGUAGUAGUAGUAGUAGUAGUAGUAGUAGUAGUAAAACCGAUGGUAAUAGUCAUGAAAAUAAUGGAAGUUAUUCAACCCCAGAGCAAUCCUCAAGUAUUUCAACGGAGGAACCAACAAGCACACCAACAAAUACCCCAUCUCCAACUCAACCAAAUUCAACAUCAACUCCAACACAAACUCCAAUACCAACAGAAAAACCAACAAAAUCUCCAAUUAAUUCCACUGAAACAUCAUCCGAAUCAUUCAAUACUUCAAAUAGAGUUACCCAAAGAAAUUCUUUAUGUUCAUCUAUUUUUGUAAUUUUAAUUAUUUUAUUAUUUGUAUUAUAA